AUGGAACUCAUGAGCACGCAGCUUUCACACGGCGAAGUAAGCCCGCAACAGGCCAUUGAAAUGUACCUCGCCGCAAAUCCAGUCCAACAACAUUUACACCUCCUUACAGAUAUUCUCACACAGAGUGCGAAUAUUGAUGAACUUGUCGCCUCUUUGAUCCAAGGUGCAUGGGACUAUAUCUGCCGUAAAGGCCUUUGGUGUCAGCAGUACGAGAGCCUCGAGGAGUAUCGGAACUCCAUCAACUUUUCCACCGUCGUGAAACCGGUCCUGCAGCGUCACAAAAGGUCCGAUCGCGUGAAGCAACUGAGUGCCCAAGUAAUCAGGCAGCAGUGGAAUAUGCCUCAUACCGAAGCGAUACCUCUGGCCAUGCAGCCCUCCUUCUGGAGCAAACAUUUGCUGAACCUGUUGGCCACUCUGAGUAAAAUGGCGACGCUGCCAGAGGCCCUCAAACUCGUGGAAGAGAGUAUCAAAGCCAGACCGCACCGCGGGAGGAGUCAACCAAACCUGGUUCCUAGUGAUAUCCAACGCAUUCUGAAUAGAAAAAAGACGGAGGGUUUGCAUACGGCACGAAGAGACACUUGUAAAACUAUUGCCCCUCCACAACAGAUUUCCCCAGAUCUGUACCUCUGUGAAAUGAACCAUGUAGACUGGAGUCACUUAGAAAUAGUUGACCGGUUAGAGCUGUUAUGUAGACGCUGGGGGUCGUCCAUGGGCGGUGCUCUGGAUGCUAACCCGUCAGUCGCCAGGAUGUCGGAAAGUGACCGGUUGUUCAGUCGGUAUACAGCAAUUCCAGCCUGCUGGCCCACAUGGUGGCAGGAGCAUGGGGUCGUACAAAUCCCUGCCUUCUUUGGAUACAUGGAGGAAUAUGGGGUUUUUAAACGAGUGCGGGAUUCUUUGCUGAGAUACGCCUUCGAUGAUAAACGACAAGUUAUAAGCUACCAAUGCUAUGAAUUAAUUCGCCAAAUAAUCCUGCAAGAUCCCGCAUACUACGCCCUUGUGGUCACCUGUCGGCCAGACAAAAACUGGAGGCUGAUCCAACAACCCGCACACUAUUUUCGAGACGCGGAUUCAUCGGGAGAAAAUAAGGCGCCCUUUCACUGGCUUCUGCCCCAGCUAGGUACGUCAGCUCCUGGUGAAAUUAUAAACGACAUCGAGAGUACAAUUAUGCUUCCUAGUUUCUCGCCAGAGCAUGUUCUUAAUGUUGUCCCUGGUUCCCACUCUAGUCCCGCAAUGUCUGAGGCUACUGGUAUCCCAACCAGCAUUACAAUGCGCUCAGGCGAUCUGGUGCUCACAAUGCCGAAUCUUACCCGGUGCUCUCAAACAUUCAUGUCGCCUUCUCUCCUUAACUUAAAGCAAACUAGGGUAGAUUAUACCUCCGAAACCACUGAAUCAUAUUCCGGGAAGACUCGGACACGCUGUGCAGCACCCCGGAACCACGAAACAGAAAGAACACAAUAUCUGCGACCGGAAGAUGCAUCCCAUAUCCCCACUUACUUCCAAGGAUGUGCGACAGACGUGAACCGUCUCAAGCCCGCAUCUGCGUUGGGGGAAGCCUUAAUGGGCCUCCGAGAAUGGAAUGAUUGCACGGUGAUCCAUCAGCGGAAUAUCACACUUUGUGCCGACGACGGAGAAGCAAUGAAGUUUGUGAAUGAAGUCCGCAAUCGGCUUGCAAGGGAGUUCCAUGAGACCCUGGAUCUAAUCGAGUUGUGCCAUGAGGUGCCUGCUCAGACAGCCACGAUGGAGAGUGCGAUGGAUACGACACUAGACUCGCAGAGCUCAACCAGCACUGCCAUGAUUCCAGGGACAGGAACCGGAGUUAGUGAUGUUGCAGGAAUCUCAGAUGGACCAAGUGAUAGUCAACUUGGAUUGGAGUUGCACGAGACAAUGGAGCAGGCUCCUGAGAUUCUUAUACCGGAUCUCCUGGACAAUGCAGAGGAACUCAUAACACAGACCUUGGACAGAAUGCAGAGCUAG